AUGGAUCUUGAACGCCUACAUGUCCAGUUUUAUCAAUCCUUUCUUUAUUCAGCGAUAACUCAAAUAUAUCGAAACGAACUUACACUCAGUUUUUUGUCACCAGAAGACGUAUAUAAAGUGGUAUAUCAUGUUAUUAAGCAAGGAAAUCUAGCAUUUAAUUCGUACCCUGAAUCACUUCCAAUCGUUCAAAUUAUUACUAAACUUCUUGUUCAACAGCAGAUAAAUUUCAUUCCUAGUUCACACUAUAUGACCGAUGAUCCAGAAGAAAUGGAUAACCCAGAAGAAAUCGAUCGUCUUGUCAUUACUAGUUAUUUCGCCGUUCCAAAACAGGCGCAAACGCCUUUCUAUAUCUACAAAUUAGUGACAAUCCCCUUCUGUCAUACAGAUGAAGUAAUCGAACUCGCUCAAAUACCUCGAUACUGGGGAAUUGAUCUAGCAAAUAACACCACUAUGGAAUGGCAUAAUCGUGAAGAAUCUGGUUGCGAUCUUCAACUGAUGACAUCAUGCCCUGAUAAUCCACCUAUUCGAACGAUCUCAAAAGAUACUUGUUUGGAUGAAAUUGUAGAAAACCUCCCUCUAUCUAAGUGUCAAACAAUACCGGUCCCUGCUGAUAAAUAUUUUAUCCGACACUUAAGAGAUAAUCUUUGGAUUACUUCGUCAUCUAAACCAAUACACUGUGUGAAAAUUUCAAGGAAUAAAUAUUUCCAUGCCACGCAACAAAUUUCCAGCAUAAAUGAGGAAAUAAUACUUCCACCUAUUGCUAUUGUAAAUGCAACUGAAGGUUAUAUAAUUGCGUGCCCUGGCUUCACUUUAGUAGGCCGUCCCGUAACUUCAAACGCCUCUUCACUCGUUAUAUUGCAUCAUAACGGUUCAUUUAUUAAAAACAUCUCUGUUAUGAAUGUUCAUCAAUAUAUCACCGAAAAUAUGACACGGUUCAAAAAGAAUGUAGCCGAACAAGAAAGAAAAGCUUUUAUAGAAUUUAUAAACCAAAAAAAUGCUCUUUCAAGAUCUUAUACUCCUCUCUCUACUUAUAUUGGACCUUUUGGUGCGCUAACUUUCAACUGGAUUCUUAUCGGAUUGGCUGUUUUAGCAUAUUAUGUUUAUCGGCGUCAACGAUCAAGUUGCCGAACAAAUCGUUGA